GGGCGCGCUCGGGGCAGGAGACCCAGGCGAUCUCCUGCGCAGGAGUGGGCGCGCCGGGGGGGCGGGCUCCUCUGGCUUGAGCACCGCCCCCCGAGCCCGCGCGCUGCUUAGAGUGGUGGAGGGCGCGCCGGGCGGGGGGCGUGGCCGCGGAGCCCCGAGGGGGCGUCCUCCGGGCGGGGCGGGCCUCGGCCGCCCCCGCGGGCUCCGGUGCGUCAGGGCGCGUCAGGCGGGGCGGGGCGGGCCGAGCGCGGGCGGCGGCGGCGGCGGCGCGCGCCCGGCCUCCUCCUCCUCCUCCUCCGCCUCCCGCACUUGAGCAGCCGCUACCGGCAGGACGGACUCAGCUCCCGCCGCCUCCGCUCAGCCCGCUGCGCCUGCACCGCGCGUCCUUGCCCGGCAUGUCGGCGGCCGUGGCGUGCGUGGAUUAUUUCGCCGCCGACGUGCUCAUGGCCAUCUCCUCUGGCGCCGUGGUUCACCGCGGGCGGCCCGGCCCCGAGGGCGCGGGCCCGGCCGCCGGCCUGGAUGUGCGCGCGGCGCGCCGUGAGGCCGCCCCGCCCGGGACCCCCGGGCCGCCGCCUCCGCCCGCCGCGGGCCCGGGACCUGGCGGUGCCGCGGCGCCCCACCUGCUGGCCGCCAGCAUCCUGGCCGACCUGCGCGGCGGGCCCGGAGCCGCCCCAGGGGGCGGCUCGCCCGCCUCCUCCUCCUCGGCUGCCUCUUCCCCGUCCUCGGGCCGCGCCCCCGGCGCCGCGCCUGCCGCCGCCGCCAAGAGCCACCGCUGUCCCUUCCCGGGCUGCGCCAAAGCCUACUACAAGUCCUCGCACUUAAAGUCGCACCUGCGGACGCACACAGGUGAACGCCCCUUUGCCUGUGACUGGCCCGGCUGUGACAAGAAGUUUGCUCGCUCCGAUGAGCUGGCCCGCCACCACCGGACGCACACAGGUGAGAAGCGCUUCCCCUGCCCCCUGUGUACCAAGCGCUUCACCCGUAGUGACCACCUGACCAAGCACGCCCGCCGCCACCCUGGCUUCCGCCCGGAACUGCUCCGUCGCCCGGGUACGCGGAGCACCUCACCCAGCAACUCACUGCCCUGCAGCCUGGCUGGCAGCCCUGCGCCCAGCCCAGCGCCCAGCCCAGCCCCUGCAGGCCUGUAGGGCUCUGGUCCACCCUCUCUGGGUGGGGGCCCCCUGCUAGGCCUCGGCUUGGACCACCAGCAACAGGAGGACACGUCAGCCCUCCGGGGCCCACAUGGUUACCAACCCAGAGCCCCAGGCCCCUUCCAGCAGACCCAAGACGCCCCUGCUCACCUCAAGAAAGCAAGGAGCCUGAGACUGGACCUGGGUCAGCCUUGGAGGUGGCCCUGGACAGCAUCUGUAUAUAGCCAUGAUUGUUAACUGUCUUCCCAUCUGUUCUGCAGGGACCCCAGGUGGGCAGCCAGCAGGCCCUCCCCCUCCCCCUCCAGCACCCUCUGCCUUUCCCCAGCUGUAGUGUUUGAGGGGCGGGUGGGCCCAGGGGAGCUUCCCCUGUCCAGGGCUGUACUAGGGACUGAGGCCUCAGGCCGGCCACUCUCUCUGGGUUGGGAUGAAGUGUGCACAGAGCCAUAGACGGACCAGGGGUUCCCUUGAACCCCUGCCUGUCCCCAUCCCCACCCUACUGAAAGCCAUUGGAGAUGUUCAGGGAAAUGGGGGUGCAGCCUGGCAGCCCCCAACUUGGUUACUCAAUCUCAGGUGUCCACAGGUUCUGCCCCGGGAAAGGGCUGCUUAGCACCCAGGCCCGGGGAGGGGGAGGUGUUUCCAGAGGGCUCCAGGCCCUGCCUGGGGGAGGGAGGGAGACCGGCGGUUCCCAGGGAGGGUGGCAGCCAGGAGGGUGCUGGGUUACUCAUGCCACGCUGUCUGCUGGCAGGGGCCUGGCUCCCCCUCUGGGUGUGUGUGUGAGUGAGCGAGAGACCAAGGGGAGGCUGGUGCUGCGGGCCCAGCCUCUUUGCUUCCACUGGGGUAGGGUCCCCAUCCCCGACUUCGGCCUUUGUGGCAUUGUGUGACAGACAAUCUUGUACAGGACCCCGUUGGCCAGCUGUCCCUGCCCUGCAGGUGGGCUGUUGCCCAGCAGGCCAGGCUCUCAGGCUCCAUCCGAUCUGGGGCCUUCUGCCCCUCAAGUCCCUCUUGCUCUUGGGUGCCUGGAAGGAGUGGCCCCUGGACCCCCGACUGGAAGCAGGAGGCCCAACUCUUCAGCCUCCUGGGAUAGCUCGUUUUUUUUGGACCGGAUAGAAUAUUUUUUCAGGCCCCAAUCCCUUUCUUGUUCGGCCCCGUGGGUGGUCCGAUGUCCUCAGGGGUGGGUGGGGAGUAGUCUUGGGGAUCACCUGCCAGGCAGAGCCUCUUCAGGGUCUUCCCACUGUGGUUUGGAUUUCUUUUGGAAGAGGGACCCAGGACCUCCCUGGAGUGGAGAGGGAUCCAGGCUUCCUACCCAGACCCAGGAAGGGUCUCUGCCUGUCCUGAGGCAGGUGCAGGGUACCGGCACCCCCACUUGUUCAGAACCUUCCAGUCACCUGAUUGGGGGCUUUGGAUGACUCUGGUUUCUACCUGGCUCCAACUCCAGUCCAGUGGGACUCAGGGGUGGCGGGAGGCAGGGGUGAUGCCCUUCUGGAGCUGGGCUCGGAGGGUCUCCCUGAUCCAGUCUGCGCCGGGUCCUUCCCAGGGGUCCUUCCAGGCAGGUGCGUCUGUCUGCACACCCUCCUCUGGCCCUGUCAGAUGCCUUAGUCCCUGGGGUGGGCUGGGGGCUGGGGCCCCUUUUUCCUGUGUCUUCGGAUGUGUCUUGCUUGGUCCCAGCCCCUGUGCCUGUCCUCUGCAGGGUGGGACUGUGCUUCCAGGGCCUAGGAAGCUGGGGAGCCCUCUGAAUCCUUGGCCUCUCUCUGGUAUCUAGGGGCACAGACUCUAGCCCGCUUUCCCCUACCCCCACCCCGGGAGCUAGUGGUCUCUGGGACCCAGUUCCAGCCAUUUAGGGGUGGCCUCUGAAGGGCAAUGGGGGGGGGGAGCCCUAAGGGACUUGUGCUUUCCGUGGGCAGCGCCCCUCCCUCACCCUGCCUGGCCUCGUCCUUGUAUUUAAUGAAUUAAAGCCAUUUUUUAAACCCUG